AUGAGCACAACGCCAGACACGCGUGAUGAGCACCCGCCAGACACGCGUGAUGAGCACCCGCCAGACACGCGUGAUGAGCACCCGCCAGACACGCGUGAUGAGCACCCGCCAGACACGCACACGCGUGAUGAGCACCCGCCAGACACGCGUGAUGAGCACCCGCCAGACACGCGUGAUGAGCACCCGCCAGACACGCGUGAUGAGCACCCGCCAGACACGCGUGAUGAGCACCCGCCAGACACACGCGUGAUGAGCACCCGCCAGACACGCGUGAUGAGCACCCGCCAGACACGCGUGAUGAGCACCCGCCAGACACGCGUGAUGAGCACCCGCCAGACACGCGUGAUGAGCACCCGCCAGACACGCGUGAUGAGCACCCGCCAGACACGCGUGAUGAGCACCCGCCAGACACACGCGUGA